AUGGUCAUUCUCGAUAGGCUGCCUACCAAGGAUAGGCUUGCUCGGUUCGGCUUGCUUGUUGAUAAUGUCUGUGGCUUGUGUGGUGCUGGAAUGGAGUCCCGUGACCACCUUUUUGAUGACUGUUCUUUUGCUAGGGGCGUUUGGGGAGCUGUGUUAAACGCUCAUGGUCCCUCAUUUAUGGCUCGCGCCUGGGACGAGCGGCUUCACUGGUUACUGUCAAACCUCAGGGGAAAAACCCUUCGAGUUCGUGCCCUUAAGCUGUUGUGGACUGGCUUUCCCUAUCUUAUCUGGGAGGAGCGUAACCAUCGAUAUCAUAGGAAUUUGAUUCGUUCGAUUGAUGUCAUUGUAAAUAGGCUUUUGGAGGAGGUGAGUACGGAGAAGCAGGGCACCUGCAAAUUUCCAUGUUCAGCAAUCUUCCCAGGUUCUUUAUCAAUGAUUUAUUCAUUUUAUGAUUUGGCAAUAAAUGCUUGUUUAGAUGGACAAUAG